AUGGCUUAUGCAGCUCUUGUCUCCCUUGAAAACACCAUACACAGAUUCCUAAAUGGUAAUCUAUAUUCCAUCUGUGUUGAAGAAAAACAGCAAAUUACAUCUCUGCUUGAGUAUGUUACUCCCAUUCGAAACUUUCUCGAAGAAUUUCCGAAUGAAUCCAAUAGCUGGGAGGAGCAAAUGAGGGAGCUGGCUGAUGCAGCAGAAGAUAUACUAGAAUAUCUUGUGUUGGAAAAGGUUUUUCUGCCUUGUGAAAAUGAGUCUGAAUCCCAUCCAAGUGAAAACCACAGGCUCCACCUGAAAAAAGUCCUCAAAGAGACUCAUGUGAAGCUUGACAUAGUGAACGAGUUUGUGGAAGAAUUCCCAGAUGAUGCUAAAGCUAGCAGUUUGAAAGGCCGAAUCACGGAGAUGACAACUGAAAUGACUGAAAUUUACGCAUUUUACAAGCUGGAGAAAACUCAUCGCCGUUUCAGAGAAAAGUGGAGAUUUUUACCAUCAGAGUUGGGCAAGCUCAAGCCUAAAAUCCAGUUUAUACGCCACUUGAACGAGACGAUAAAUGAACUUGAUUCGAUCGUGGAGGAGGUGAUGGCCAUCAAGAAUGACAGCAAUGAAGCCACUUCAUCUCCUGCACUUGCACCUGUUGAUGAUAUAGUUGGCUUCCCUCAAGAUGAUGCUGAUGCGUCUGAAUGCUAUCGAAGCGCAAAACAUGAGCUCCAGCUGGAAAAGGUUAUGGUGGAGAUUGCUUCAAUUUCUGCAAAGGUUAGUUCCAGCAGCAAAGAAGUUCGACGUGGUGCUGAUUCUUCAUCAGCUGCUCCAGCCAUCCACAGAAACUCCCUGGUUGGUUUUGAAGAACAUGUGAUGAACAUCAAGGACCUGCUCUGUGGAGAACAAUCCAAGCUCCAGGUCAUACCGGUGUGUGGUAUGGGGGGCAUCGGCAAAACUACUCUCGCCAGAAAUGUUUAUGACGAUCAACUAAUUAAGGAGAAUUUCGACGUUCGUGUCUGGGUCACAGUGUCACAGGAUUACAGUGCACAGAGAAUUCUUUCAGACCUUCUGGAGUCCCUGAAGGAAUACAGCAACCAAAGUGGAAAGGAAGAAAGCGCUCACACAAAAGUGUACCAAAUUUUAAUGGGCAGGAAAUAUUUAGUGGUGAUGGAUGACAUCUGGAGAAGCGAGGCAUGGGAUAUUGUUAGGAAUGUGUUUCCUGAUAAUGGUGACGGAAGCCGUAUCAUGCUAACUACAAGGUUGUAUGAUGUGGCUUCGUAUCCUGGUCCUUCAGUCACGCCUUAUGAGUUGGAUUUGCUGGAUGAAGUUCAGAGUUGGAGCUUACUUAAGGAGAAGGUGUUUGCAAAUCAAGAAUGUCCUUCCGAUUUGGAAAAUAUUGGGAAGGAUAUCGCAAGAAGCUGCAAAGGGUUACCCCUCGCUAUCGUGGUGAUUGCAGGACUUUUAUCCACGGUCACUGAGAAUCCAUCUUCGUGGCUGGAGGUUGCCGGGACGUUGAAGUCUGCAACAACUGAUGAGAAAAAUCAUAUUGAAGAGAUACUAUCCUUGAGCUAUGUGGAAUUACCUCAGUUACUGAGGCCAUGUUUCUUGUACAUGGCUUCAUUUCCUGAAGAUCAUGAGAUAUAUACAUCGAAACUCAUUAGAUUAUGGAUAGCAGAGGGCUUUCUCAAAUUUCCGAUCAACGCCAAGAGCUUUGAAGAGGUGGCUGAAGAGUGUUUGGAGGAACUUGUGAAGAGAAACCUUGUUUUUGUCACAAAUUGGAAAUCUGAUGGGAGAAUCAAAAGUUGUAUCCUCCAUGAUCUGAUUAGGGAGCUGUGCAUAAGAAAAGCUCAUGAAAGUAAGUUUUUUCUGAACUUAAUGGAUGAGGAGAAAUUUAUGGAAAGCAUAAAAAACGAGCGUCGGGUAAGUACUUCUAAUCUAAAUUUCUUUUCAAGCUAUGGUGGAUCGACUAUCCAUUCCAUUAAAUGCUUCAAGUAUCAUAUAGUGAAACUGGACUUUGUGGAAGGUGUUAGAUUGGUGAGGGUGUUGGAUGCUGAAGCUGCUGAUGUGGAGCCAUUGCCAUCUCAAUUAUUUGAGCUAUUCCAUUUGAGAUACCUUGCUGUUACAUAUUUUCAUCGCAUUCCUAGUAUCUUAUCAAAACUUAAAAACCUGCAAACCUUAAUCGUUCGUAAAGUAAAGAGAUCCACGAUAGGAUUAUCCGGAGCUGAUGACAUGCUGGUGCCGUGGUGCAUGAAAGAACUGAGACAUGUUUACUUUUAUGGGGAGAUUAACUUUGAGUAUCCCAUAGAUACAACAUGUUCACUAGAGAAUCUACACACGGUCUCGUGGCUUAACAGUGUGUGUUGCAGAGAGCGUAUCCUGAAAAAGAUCCCAAACCUCAAAAAACUGAAGGUUUAUUGUGAUGAUUAUGAUGAUGAUGAUGAUGAUGGAGAUCCAGGUUGCCUGAAUAACCUGGUACAUCUGCAUCGACUUGAGAAUUUGGAAUUAUAUGCGGCUCAUUCGUUUAGGUUGAGCUACAAUCUUGCUUUUCCGGGGAAGCUCAAAAGGCUGAGUUUGAGGGAUUUGAAACUUCCUUGGAACGACAUGAUUGUCGUUGGUUCAUUGCCAAAUCUUCAAGUGCUUAAACUGAGAGGUUGCACUUGCAGUGGUGGCACAUGGGAAACAACUGAGGGAACAUUUCCAGUGUUGGAAGUUCUUCGAGUUGAACGUUCGAGGUUUGAGAACUGGAUAACUGAAUGUGGUCAUUUCCCAAAGCUCAAACGCCUGCUGCUUGAUUCUUGUCAGGAUCUCAAUGAGAUUCCAUCUGAUAUUGGAGAAAUUCCGACUCUUGAACUGAUUGUGGUUGUGGGUAAUGUGAAGGAGUCUUUGUUGGAGUCGGCUGAAGUGAUAAGAAAGGAGCAAGAUGAUAUGGGAAAUAACACCCUUCAAGUUGUCUGCAUACCUAAGUCGUCUUGA